CGCCCGCCCUCGCGCCCGCCCGCCCGUCCUCUCAGCGCGCGCUCUGCCGCCCGACGACGCGGGAGCCGCUCGCCUCAGAGCUCGGCUGUUGCCCCCCGAGCGCCGGCCGGCUGAGGCGGGGGCGUCCCCGGGUGCCCGCCCGGAGGACGGAGGUCGGAGGUCGCGCCCGCGGAAGCUGCAUCCGCACGGCGGCGGGCGGCGGGGAAGAUGAAGAACGAAAUUGCUGCUGUUGUCUUCUUUUUCACAAGGCUAGUUCGAAAACAUGACAAGUUGAAAAAAGAGGCAGUUGAGAGGUUUGCUGAGAAAUUGACUCUAAUACUUCAGGAAAAAUAUGAAAACCAUUGGUAUCCAGAAAAACCAUCAAAAGGACAGGCUUACAGAUGCAUUCGUGUUAAUAAGUUUCAAAGAGUUGAUCCUGAUGUCCUGAAAGCCUGUGAAAACAGCUGCAUCUUGUACAGUGACCUGGGUUUGCCAAAGGAACUCACCCUCUGGGUGGACCCAUGUGAAGUGUGUUGUCGGUAUGGAGAGAAAAACAAUGCAUUUAUUGUUGCUAGCUUUGAAAAUGAAGAUGAGAAUAAGGAUGAGAUCUCUAAGAAAGUCACCAGGGCUCUUGAUAAGGUUACCUCAGAUUAUCAUUCAGGAUCCUCUUCUUCAGAUGAAGAACCAAGUAAGGAAGUAGAAAUGAAACCCAGUUCGGUGACUGCAGCCCCAAGCCCUGUGUACCAGAUUUCAGAACUGAUAUUCCCACCUCUUCCAGUGUGGCACCCUUUGCCCAGAAAAAAGCCAGGAGUGUACAGAGGAGACAGCCGGCAGAAUCAUUACCCUCCUCCGAUUCCAUUUGGCUACCCCAGUCAGGGAAGGAAGAGUAAACCAUUCCGCCCAAUACCAGUGACAUGGGUAACUCCUCCUGGGAUGCAUUGUGAUCGGAAUCACUGGAUUAAUCCUCACAUGCUAGCUCCUCACUAACUGCUUUUGAUUCUGUUGGUGUCAUGCUAGGGGAGGCAGUAUAAACUUGAUUGCAUACUGAAAGUUAAAAGUUCAUACUCAUAGUAGUAAAGUUGGGUGGGCCAAACCAUCAAACUUAUUUUUAUAGAGAAGUUACUGAGAAUAAUCUUUCUUAAAAAAGUCUAUAUAUAUAUAUAUAUAUCUACCUAUCUAUAUAUAUGCACUUUAGAUAUAUUGAUAUAGUUUGAGAAACUUUAUUAGUCAAGUGCCUGAGUUUUUAAUAUUGGACUUGAGUAUUUAUAUAUUGUGCAUCAACUCUGGAUACGCAAAUACUGUAGGAGUGGAUGGUCUGUUCUAGCACCUUUGAGCAUUUACUUUAUGGCGGAUAUGUGAGUUAUUUAUAUACAAGGAAAAUUUUUAUGUCGUUGUUUAGAAAAGUUAUGUGAAAUCAUGUAGUUGCAAAUAAAAAGUAGUUUGAGGCAUGACAAA